GCGCUGAAUCGCAGUACCAGCUCUUCCCCGGAGCGAGUGGAUAACCUAACUGUUCCGGGUUUCGAAGCAUAUUCUGUUUCUCCACCAAAACCAGCAUCACCACCACCGCCACCACCACCAACUCCACAAGCACCAGCACCAACACCGCCGCCCGGAACAAACAAGCCAGAACCGCAGCAGAACUGGGAGUCGUCCUGUACAAUCUUGACGCAGGACACGCUGUCCAAUGCGACGAUCGGGGAUAAAUCCGACAAAAAUGACACAUCACUGACAUCUAACCCUUUGAGUGAACUCGAGAAAUCCUCGUCCUUGGAAUCUCAACCUGAAAUCGAGGAACAAAAGAACACGCUUGUUCAAAACUCUGCCGGUUCAACCAGUCACGUGAUACGAGGCACAGAACACUCUAGCAUUGGAGGAAAUGAAAUGAAAUCGCAGAACGAGAAACCGGAGUUACACGACUCAGCAAUCGCGGAUGUUCAAUCAGUGCUCCCGAGCACUCAAUACAGUUAUUUCGUCGAAUAUGAUUGGGACAUCCGCGAUGAGGAAUUACCGGUGAGUAUGUGA